CCGCUUUUAGAAACACGCUGCUGGACGCGUGCGCGUUCAUGAGGAAACACUCGUGAGCGCAUGAAAGCACACAGAACGCUACAGUGUUGUCGUCGGGGAUGACAGUGGGCAGUUUGCAAUUGUAAAGCAGUGUCGUGAAAAGAGCUCGGGCCGGGAUUUUGCUGCCAAGUUUAUAAAGAAGCGUCAGAGUAAUGCUAGCCGACGAGGUGUCCUGCGAGAAGAGAUCGAGCGAGAGGUCAACAUCCUACAGCAGAUCCAUCACCCCAAUAUUGUCAUGCUGCACGACGUGUUUGAGAACAAAACAGAUGUGGUGCUGAUUUUGGAGCUGGUGUCUGGAGGAGAGCUUUUCGACUUUCUGGCACAGAAGGAGUCUUUAAGCGAGGAGGAAGCCACACAGUUUAUCAAACAGAUUUUAGAGGGCGUGCACUAUUUGCACUCAAGGAAUAUUGCUCACUUUGACCUGAAGCCUGAAAACAUCAUGCUUCUGGAUAAGAACGCGCCUCUGCCCCGAAUCAAGCUCAUUGAUUUUGGCUUGGCGCACAAGAUUGCUGAAGGGGUUGAAUUUAAAAACAUCUUUGGAACUCCAGAGUUUGUCGCUCCAGAAAUUGUGAAUUAUGAACCACUGGGACUGGAAGCAGAUAUGUGGAGUGUUGGUGUUAUCACAUAUAUUCUGUUAAGCGGUGCGUCUCCUUUCCUAGGAGAAACAAAACAGGACACCCUGGGAAACAUCUCGGCCAUGAACUAUGAGUUUGAUGAUGAAUUCUUUGGCCACACCAGUGAGCUCGCCAAGAAUUUUAUACGACAACUGCUGGAAAAAGACACCAAAAAACGACUCACAAUUCAAGAUGCCUUAAACCAUGCUUGGAUCAAGUCUAACGAGCAUAAGGAAGAUCGUAAUAAAGCCCCAGAGAGGAAGAGAGAGCGCAGGCAGCUGAAGACGAAGCGUCUCAAAGAGUACACCAUCAAGUCCCACUCCAGCAUGCCUCCGAACAACACCUACAUCAACUUCGAGCGCUUCGCACAAGUGGAAGAGGACGUGUCGGCCAUGGAGGGCACAUUCUGCCAGCUGGCAUCAGCCCACGAUUCCCUGCAGGAGGACAUCGAUGCACUUGUGUCCAUCUACAAUGAGAAGGAGAUGUGGUACAAAGAAGAAAGCGAAAGCAUCAGGCAUGAGCUGUCCCAGCUGCGCUAUGAGUUUCGUAAAGUGGAAGCCCAGAGACGCGGCGUUCACGAAGAGAUGAGGAGCGUGGAUGCCAGUGUUAACAGAGUGAGCGAGAAAUAUAAGGAAAGACAGAGCCGUUUCGAUGCUCUACAGAAGGAACUGUGCACUGAGCUGCAGUGGGUUCAGGAGGUGGUGGGUUCCUUUCAGGUCAGCUUCCCAAACUGUAGCUUUAGCAGCGUGUUUAAUACUGAUGUCAAUGAAGCACUGAAAGAGCUGUUGAAUAGAUCCUGUGGAGGAGACCUGCUGACGGGCAACAACCUGGACCAGCAGAGAUGACCACUGUUAUUGGUCACAUGUGUAAGGAAUAAUCAAUAACAAGAUGCAAUUAUUAGAAAAAAAAUGCUCCGCUGAAGUGGUGAUGCGGGCACAGAGUAAAGCAGGUUUUAAAAAUGCAUUAUAUUUGAAAAUUUCAACAGACCACAGUCAAUUAUGCUAUGGUUAUCACACCUAAACACUGUUCUGAUGUUGUAUUUCAUGAAAUGCGUGUUUUUUUUCUUCUCCUCAAACAGCUCAAGCUCAUGAUCAAGUCUUCAACAGAUACAUAUACACUGAAAAAAAGUAAAUCAAAGAUUAUUCCUUGGAUUUACUAAAUUUAAAGUGAAGUGGUUCUGAAUUUAAACAAAUAAAUUAAGUUGAACAUUACUAAAUUUAAUUAGUUUGUUUAAAUUCAACCCAAAAUAUUUUUUAGUGUACUUUAAAAACCUACUCAUUUGAAGCUAGCUGAAUCAACAUAAUUCUUGUUUUUUUGGACAACUUAAUUGUUUCAUGUUCAAUUCACAAUUAGUAAAAAAAAAAUAAAAAUUUAACGUAAAUGAUUCGUGUUGGGAACACAUGAAAGAAUUGUGUGGAACCCAGCAUUUUUUCGGUGCAGUACAAAGCUAUUUAUUUUAAAGAGCUGUUGAAUGCUGGAUUCUGAUUGGGUCUUGAAUAUUCUAAGGUGUGCAGGACCAUUUUCAGGAAAACACACAGGUUAAAGGGCCGUUCACACUAAGGAUGAUGACUAGAAAUAGAACAAUAUUUAUAUUUGUGUCCAAAAUGGCAAAAGAUAAACAUUUGUUUAUUUAUUUAUAGUUUAUUUUCAUCUGUUUGCAUUGCAUCAUUGUAACCUACAAGAAUCUAGCUUGUGUAAUCUAUCUAUUCUAACCAUAAAUUUAGCUAUUGCUGUUUAAAAUUGCAAUUUAAAAGCGGCAACAGACCAUUACUAAAUAGCUGAGAUAGCUUUUUUUAGAAUUCUCUCACAUGAUAAAACAAACAAAAUUUCAAGAAGUCAUUAUCUUUAAAUAAACUUUUAUACUUUAGAUAAUGUGUUUUCACAAUACUGUCUUUAGCUUUUAAUUGCUCAAACCAUUUAUAUUUCAGUGGAAUCUGACUGGCUGUCCAUGUUUUAUUGUUUAAUAGCUGAAAAAAAAUUCUGAAAGUGGGCCAACUUUAUAGUUUCUCACAUUAUAGUGGUGGUCUGAACUCUGCUCUUGUUUUACAUUUAGAAUUUUUUUUAAAUGACGUCUUAAUUGUUACCUUUAUAGUUAAUAUGCUUGUUGUAAAUGUCUCUUAAGCACACAGAAAAAAAAUAUUGAUGCCAAACAAUUUAUAUCGGCGAAAUUUUAACUAACUAAUUAAAUUUGGCAAUGUUUAAAUUAAUUUGUUUGUUUAAAUUCCGCCUAAAAAACUUAACCGCUUACCUUAAAAAAUUGUAAAUCCAAUAAAUAUUUUUUCAGUGUAGUUACGGGCGGGUUUUGACCUCAAUACAGUUCCAUAUCAUAUAGUUUUUCAUGAAAGUUAAGUCAGUUGCUUAAAAAAACAACAGUAAAAUGUAAUAUAGUAAAGCAAGCAGGUUUAUUUUGCUAACUGUCAUUACAAAACAGAUCUUCUUUUAAAAGUAAAAAAAUCAUAAAACCAGAUGUGAUGUUUUUAUUUUCAAUAAUGAAGUGUAUCCCUCUUUUCUUUCUAUUUCCUGAUCAGCUGUAAUUUGUUCAGACAGUGUACACAGAACAUGGUGUUCACCUUUGGUUACUUGUUUACCAGAUCUGAUUACAUAAGGUUAAAAGACAACUGAACUCAGCUUAUUUGAUUAAACCCAGCUAAUGGAUUGAAUAUGCUUCUCCAGGGUUUCCCCCCUUUUUUCCAUGGCUGCCUGCUGUGGCGUUUAGAGGAACUAUUUUAAUUUAUAUUGUAUUCAAUAAGUACAGAAUGGGCCUAUUGUUAUGUCUACAUGACACAAGUUGUUAUCCUUAGUGGGAUGAUGCUUCCUCUAACAUAAACUUGUAGACCAAUCAGACUCUUUUAAACAGUUGACUACACUACUGGAACUACUGCAAAGUGAUUAGAUUCACUGAGUCUACUGUUUUGGAAUGCACUAAACUCUAAAAGGAGGUUAUGCUACGUAUACUUUAUGAUUGUUCUGCAGUAUUUUGGUGAGUAAUGUAUUUAAACUCUAGCUUUGCUACUAUCUUGUUAAAAAAUCCUCUGAUUUAUAUACAUGGUCAUCGUUACAUUGCAUUCAAUCUUGUAUACUUUGAAGGCAUUCCUUUCUUCAAAGUAUCCUUUUAAGGACUAACUUUUACGUCCUUUUGAAUUCACAUGCAUGCUGUGGGGUACACAGUAUUUACUCAUGGUCUUGCAUCCUGUUAUGUUAGUUUCCCUCCAAAUCUAUCAGUCUUUGUCACGUGCUGUCAUAUAGAUGUGGUUAUGCAAGCUCAACUCACUGACCAGAAUCCUUAAGCGACACUGUCAUGCAGAUUUGACUUGUUUUUCUCUUCUGCGCCACACAGAGCUCUUCAUUCAUACGCAACUAUCUUAAUAGCAAUUUGUGGAUAGUUUUAGCAGCAAGCAAAACCCCUUGAAGGCAUGUUUGUCAGCUCUAAGAAAAUGCAUUCAGAAGGCUAAAAAAAGCUGUGUACUCAGACAUCAACACAUUUCAUCGUUCGUUCUGCAGCAACACGGGCUGUGUUUUUUACUUCUCUAUACUGCAUAUUACCACAAAGCAUUGUGGAAACAUUGUUUUUGUAUUACACUUUCAGUUCUAUAGGGGUCAGUGUUCACCUUAUUUACUGUGGCACCCACGGGCAUGUUGUCCAUUACACGAACUGGUUUUAGAUGAAAGGCCUCAUAAUGUGUGUAUUGUUGGGUAACUGAUGGUAGUGACUCACUGGUGUUUGGCUUCUGGGCUUAAUAAAUGUUGGAUGGGUCAGGGA